CAACCGACAACACCGCCACAGCAACUCUCCUUAUAUCCACAACCCGUCGUCUGUUACCACCCAAACGCCCUAUAUCGCCGUCGCGCACCUUCUGACCGGAUCCUACUAUCGCUGAUCGACGUCGACGACUCAUCUCGCCUCCCUCCGCCACCUCACCAGGCCACCAAUAGGCAUGAGAAGCAGUCGGGGCGGGUGGCAGCUCAUUGCCGCGCUGCUGCUCGCGCUCCUGACUGCGGUCGCGCUUGGAAAAGACGAUGGCUUGAACCAGAAGCAUGAGAAGGGACGGUGCGCCAUCCGAGGACACUGCGGCAGCCAAGGCUUCUUUGGCCCCCAGCUUCCCUGCCCGGACAACGGCCUGGCUGAGACGCCUGAGGCCGAAGUGCGAAAGAAGUUGGUUAGCAUUUGCGGUGAAUCAUGGGCCGACACUGAUGUCUGCUGCACCGGGGAACAGCUCGAUACGCUGCAGUCUAAUCUCAAGCGCGCCGAGUCCCUCAUUUCGUCAUGCCCGGCGUGCAAGGAGAACUUCUUUAACAUGUUCUGCACUUUUACUUGCUCGCCAGACCAAUCUCUAUUCGUUAACGUCACCGAGACGACGCCGAAAGGCGGUAAAUUGCUCGUGACCGAACUGGACCACCUCGUUUCGGACAAGUAUGGAUCCGGAUUCUACGACAGCUGCAAGGAUGUCAAGGUUGGUGCGACCAACGGAAACGCAAUGGACCUCAUCGGUGGCGGUGCGAAGAACUACACGCGGUUUCUCAAGUUCCUUGGAGACAAGAAGUUCUUGGGAAGCCCAUUCCAGAUGAACUUCCCUCGCCCGAGCUCCGAUUCGUUUCCCGACAUGGAACCGAUGGACAAGACCGUUAGGUUCUGCAAUGAUACCAACGAGGCCUACCGUUGCGCAUGCGUGGAUUGCCCCUCAGUUUGUCCGGAGCUCCCACAGGUGAAAGAAAACUCUCAAUGCCAUGUCGGCUUGCUUCCGUGUCUAUCAUUCGCCGUCAUCAUCGUUUACUCUUCUUUCAUACUGCUCAUCAUCCUUUUCGUAUCCGGUCAUGUCGCUUAUCAGCAGCACAGCCAGCGCAAGCAGGAGCGCUUGCGGCUGCUUCAGGACCUGGAGCCAAGUGAUGAUGAGGAUGAAGGCGAUGUUGUAUUUGCAGGCGGUAUUCUGGAAAUUCCCACGAGGCGCUAUCGCUUGAACUCCUGGUGCGACAAGAUUUUCAGUCGGCUGGGCUAUACGUGCGCACAAUAUCCGGCCAUCACCAUUGUUCUAAGUGUCAUCGUCGUAGGUCUUCUGAGCUUGGGCUGGAUUAGGUUCUCGGUUGAGACGGACCCGGUCCGGCUGUGGGUUGCGCCCAACUCUGCUGCAGCGGAAGAGAAGGCCUUUUUUGAUGACAACUUCGGACCCUUUUACCGCACGGAACAAGCCUUUUUGGUUAAUGAUACAAACCCCUCCGGCCCUGGCCCUGUCCUUAGCUACGAGACUCUUGGAUGGUGGUUCGAUGUUGAGAGCCGCGUCAAGCGCUUGAUGAAGCACGGCAUGACUUUCGACGAUGUUUGCUUCAAGCCCACUGGUGAUGCUUGCGUUGUCCAGUCUGUCACUGGCUACUUCGGCGGAGACUUCUUCAAUGUGGACCCGAAAACCUGGAAGAACGACCUGCGUGCCUGCGCCGAGUCUCCCGUAGACUGCUUACCUGAGUUCCAGCAGCCGCUGAACCCCAAGUUGUUGCUGGGUGGCUGGGAAAAAGACGUGAUCGAUGCAAAGGCCCUGGUGGUCACCUGGGUCGUGAGCAAUCAUGCCGAGGGCACGAAGAAGCUUGAUAGGGCCAUGGCCUGGGAAGACAGCCUGAAGAGCCUCCUUCAGGCGGUUCAGGGCGAGGCAACCGAUCGUGGCUUGCGUCUGUCCUUCAAUACCGAGAUCAGCUUGGAGCAGGAGCUGAACAAGUCCACCAAUACCGAUGCCAAGAUUGUCGUGGUCAGCUACCUCAUCAUGUUCCUAUAUGCUUCGUUGGCACUGGGAUCCACGACCUUGACCGUCAGAUCCAUUCUACACAACCCGGCAAACGCACUUGUGCAGUCCAAGUUUUUGCUUGGCGUGGUUGGCAUUGUCAUCGUGCUGAUGUCUGUUUCUGCAUCUGUUGGAUUGUUCUCGGCUGCCGGUAUCAAGGUUACCUUGAUUAUUGCUGAGGUCAUCCCCUUCCUCGUCCUUGCCGUUGGUGUGGACAACAUCUUCCUGAUUGUUCACGAGUUUGAACGCGUCAACAUUAGCCAUGCAGAAGGCUCUGUCUCGGAGAGGGUUGCGCGUGCUUUGGGGCGGAUGGGACCUAGUAUUCUCCUCUCAGCUACCACGGAGACUGCCGCUUUUGCCCUUGGUGCGGCCGUUAGCAUGCCUGCAGUGCGCAACUUUGCCGCAUACGCUGCCGGUGCCGUUUUUAUCAACGCGCUUUUGCAGGUCACCAUGUUUGUCGCGGUUCUCGCGCUCAACCAGCGCAGGGUCGAGGCCAGCCGCGCGGAUUGCUUCCCUUGCGUCCGUGUCAAGCGUGCCGACCCGGUCAUCGUCAAUGGCGGUGUCGUCUACGGCUCUGAAGAAGAGGGCCCACUCCAGAGGUUCAUCCGCAAGACAUAUGCUCCGGCUUUACUCGGCAAUAAGGCCAAGGCCGCCAUCAUCACCGUCUUCCUUGGCUUCCUCACGGCCGGUUUGGCAUUGCUCCCUACCAUUGAAUUGGGACUUGACCAGCGUAUUGCCAUCCCUAGCGAUUCCUACUUGAUUGCGUAUUUCGAUGAUCUCUACGACUACAUUGGCGUUGGCCCGCCGGUUUAUUUUGUUACUCGUGAGCUCAACGUCACUGAGCGUCAGCACCAGCAGGAGCUCUGUGGUCGCUUUUCAACUUGUCAAGAACUCUCACUGUCCAACACUCUUGAACAGGAGAGGAAGCGGCCAGAGACGUCUUGGAUCGCUGACGCCACUGCUAGCUGGAUUGACGACUACUUCCUCUGGCUCAACCCAUCGCUAGAUGAAUGCUGCGUGGACGGCGGCUUCGGCAACGAGCACGCCUGCUUCGCGGACCGCAGCCCGGCCUGGAACCCCACGCUCAAGGGCAUGCCCGAGGGCGAAGAGUUCCUCCACUACCUGCAACGCUGGAUCGAGGCGCCGACGAGCGCCGAAUGCCCUCUCGCGGGACAAGCGGCAUACGGCAACGCGCUGGUCAUCGACAACACGAGCCUCACGAUACCGGCGUCGCACUUCCGAACCAGCCACACACCGCUGCGCAGCCAGGAGGACUUCAUCUCAGCGUACGCGUCGGCGCGGCGCAUUGCGAACGACAUCCACGCUCGCACGGGCAUCGACGUCUUCCCAUACAGCAAGUUCUACAUCUUCUUCGACCAAUACGCCACCAUUGUGAAGCUCACAACGACGCUGGUGGGCUCAGCCAUCGCCAUCAUCUUCGUGCUGACGUCCGUGCUGCUGGGCUCGCUGCGCACCGGCCUCGUCGUCACGGCCACCGUGACCAUGACCGUCAUCGACAUCGUCGGCACCAUGGCGCUCGCCGGCGUCUCGCUCAACGCCGUCUCCCUCGUCAACAUCGUCAUCUGUGUCGGCAUCAGCGUCGAGUUCUGCGCACAUAUUGCGCGCGCCUUCACGUACCCCUCGCAGGCGCUGCUGGAGCGCGCGCCCCGCGCCAAACUCCGUGCUAAGGAUGCGCGCGCGUGGACCGCGCUCGCGAAUGUUGGUGCCAGCGUGUUUAGCGGUAUUACGGUCACUAAGUUCUUGGGUGUUGCCGUGCUGGCUUGGACCCGUAGCCGCAUCUUCGAGGUCUAUUAUUUUAGGGUGUGGUUGGCUUUGGUGGUUUGGGCGGCACUGCAUGCGUUGGUGUUUUUGCCGGUGGCGCUGAGCGUGUUUGGUGGGAAAGGUUGGUCUCCCUGUCUCUGUUCUUGUUUUUGUGCUUUAUAUUUCCUUUUUUUUUUUCCUCGUAUUGAGAAAGGACCUGACUGACGCGUCUUGUACUGCACAGGCUACAUCGACAACGAAGCCGAAGGCGGCCUCGAGCGCGAUUUGCGUGGUCGUCGCUACCCCG